CUCCUUGCAACCUCCAGACUUGGAGUCGUUGACGAACCCAACCCAACUUUCAGUGUACCCCAGCUUCCCCUGCUGUACACUGCACCAGUCAGAAGCCAUGGCUGCCGUCGUCGCCUCCCACACCGUCGCGGCUGUUGCCAGCUCCGUCGUGAGCAAGUCGGCCUUCUCUGGCCGUCAGGUUCGCUCCGUCAAGGUCGCCGCUGCCCCCCAGAAGGUCGCGUUCACCGUCACCGCUUCCGCUGAGGACAGGCCCCUGUGGUUCCCUGGCAGCACCCCCCCUGCCCACCUCGAUGGCACCUAUGCCGCUGACUUCGGCUUCGACCCCCUUGGCCUUGCAUCCGACGAUGUGAACUGGUACGUCCAGGCCGAGCUCCAGAACGGCCGCUGGGCCAUGCUCGGCGCCGCUGGCGUGCUGAUCCCGGACAUUCUCCGCGUCAACGGCCUCCUCGACAUCCCCCGCUGGGACGCGGCUGGCGUCGCUGACUACGGCAUUGACUGGCGUGUGCUGCUGGCGGUUGAGAUCGCCGCUUUCGGCUGGGCUGAGGGCAACCGCUGGGCUGACAUCAUCAAGCCUGGAUGCGUGAACGAAGACCCCAUCUUCAAGGGUAACCGCGUGAAGGGCACCGAUGUCGGCUACCCCGGCUUCGACCCCCUCGGCAUGGGCUUCGGUUCACCCGCGUAUGUGAAGGAGAUCCGCACCAAGGAGAUCAAGAACGGCCGAUUGGCUAUGCUUGCUAACCUGGGCUUCUGGGUCCAGACCUCGUACACCGAUGCCAGCCCCGUCGAGAACCUCUUGAACCACCUCGAGAACCCCGGCUUCAACAACUUCGCACACAACGCCAUGUCCGUGUUCUAUUGAGCUGGGUUAAUGUCUGGUCUCUAGAUCUGGAUGUAAAGCAGUGUGCAUAAUAUUAAACGAAAAUUUCUAAAAUUCAAUAUUUUGCUCAAUUAUGUCGAUGAGUAACUUGCUCCGUGAUAUCUGGUGCCUACUGCGACCUAAAUUCGAGUUUGCGUUCCAGUUAGAAUACAUUUACCAGCUGACU